AUGCGUUCCACCACCUCGAAGCGACCCGUCAACCCUUUAGUCCUGCAUCCCGCACGGAUAGCCAGCAUGCCACCCGAAGGCUUUCCCGAUCCCAGUACGGGAGGCAAUGUGACGUGGAAAACUCUCAUGUCGGGUGAGAAAUCUGCGACGGAUACCUUCACAAACUCGUCGCUGCCUACUGUCGAUCUUGGCUACGAGAUUUACCAGGCUUCAGGUUUCAACGAUACCGGCAACUUCUACAACUUCUCCAACAUACGAUAUGCUGCUCCGCCCGUUGGCAACCUGAGGUUUGCACCGCCUCAGGCUCCAGCAGAAAACAGAUCAACUAUCAACACUGGCAGUGUAUCGAGAAUAUGUCCCCAGGCUUCCCCAGGCUGGAAUGCACUUGCGGCCCAGUCUUUGACCAGAUAUGUGCUCGGUCUUCCUACCUCUAACUCAUCGUACUCGACACCGGGGGCGAACGCUAGCAGCCCAAUUCCAGUCCCGGAUCCCCGCGAAUCUGAAGAUUGUUUAUUUCUGGAUGUCUUCGUUCCCGAGGACGUGCUAAGCAAAGCUGGGCAAGGCUAUGGGGCUCCCGUUCUGGUGUGGGUCUACGGAGGCGGCUAUACAGGAGGCGAGAAAAACAAUAACCCAGCAGGGCUAUUUGCUGCGUCCGGCAACUCAACCAAUGGCGACGUCAUUUAUGUUGCAAUGAACUACCGUCUUGGCGCUAUGGGCUGGAUGGGUGGUCCUUCGUAUCAAGCGGAAGGAGGUGUUUCAAACCUAGGUUUGUACGAUCAGCGAUUUGCGCUUGAGUGGGUUCAGGAGAACAUCCACCUCUUUGGAGGUGACAAGAACCGAGUCACUGUCUUUGGAGAAAGUGCUGGAGGUGGAUCGAUUAUGCAUCAAAUUACUGCAUAUGGCGGUGCUAACGGAUCGGCUCCUUUCCAACAGGCUGUUCCGCAGAGCCCUGGUUGGCAGCCUACAACUUCUGUUGUUACGCAGGAGGACGUCUACCAGAAGUUCCUGAAGCUUACCAACACUACGUCUCUCGCAGAGCUGCGUGCUCUUCCAUCUGAAGAGAUUAUACGUGCGAGUGCUCAGCAGAUCAUCUAUGAUUCUCCGUAUGGCACUUUCACCUAUGGACCAGUAGUGGACGGUCUCUUCGCUCCUCUGCAGCCCGCUCAACUGUUAGCUCAAGGCCGGUUCGACAAGGACGUACGCGUAAUGGUCGGGCAUAAUGCUAACGAAGGAGCACUUUUUACUCCUUUCUAUCUUCCAAACGAGAAUGCACUGGAAGACCAGAUCUCAAGCGCUUUCGCAAAUGCCCCAAAGUCGUCCGUGGACUACAUUGUUAGUACCCUCUACCCUCCGGUGUUCGAUGGCUCACUGGGCUACACCAACAACUUUGAGCGCGGCAGCCUCAUCGUUAGUGAGGGUGUCUUCACAUGCAACACCAACUACCUCUCCAGAGCCUAUGGAAACAAGACAUAUUCGUAUCUCUUUGCAGUCCCUCCGGCUAUACAUGGCCAAGAUGUUGCGUACACGUACUUCCAGGGAGGUGCUGCUUCUACUUCGCCGACUGGCGUUACUAACACGACCAUUGCCAUCGCUCUGCAAGAGUUCAUCACCAGCUUCGCUGAGAAUGGCGUACCAGACGCCAUGGGCGUAAAGCAAUUUAACAUGUACGGUCCCGACGCUACGGUUCUGGAGCUCAAUGUCACAGGCAUUGAGGAUAUUGCCCGCCAGGCCCGCCUCUUCAGCACCACACCCGUCGCACGCAAGAGCCCCGUAGAUGCUAUCAAGGAUGCUGCCAAGGCUGUCGACAGGACAAUCUCUGGUGCCGCUGUAAAGGGCAUUGAGAAGGGCGAGGAAGUCGCUGGCGCCGUCAAGGAGUCCGUCCCCGAGACCACUGGCCAGGCUAAGGGCCAGGCAAAUGAGAUGGCUGGCGAGGCCAAGGGCAAGGCCAACGAGCUCGCUGGUGAGGCCAAGGGCAAGGCGCAGGAGCUCAAGGGCGAGGCCAAGAGCAAGAUCUGCCUCAGGAAGGUAAAGCUAAAUUGUCACGGCCGAAUGAAUGAAAUAAUGUUUCAAUAUCAACAGUGUGGUCUUUGUGGAAAG